AUGUCGUCAUUCUCGUCGACUUCCGGGAAGCUAGAUCCUCACCAGUUGAGACCUUAUUACGAUCACGACACUUUUGAUGCGGGUUACCCCGUCAUCUUUAAAAAAGGUGUUGGAUUGUAUGAUCCAAAGGCACAUAAACCAAUCACCACUAACCUUUCGUCAAACUCAAUUGAAAAUGCCGUAAACCAAAAUGCUAGUGGAUUACAAAAACCAGGUAUAAUAAGGAGAGCAUUUGAUCGACAAGGUGGUGGCGUUGGAAUUUAUGGUUCCGGGUCUUCUACAACAACGGGUUCAUUUCGUGACAAAAAUUUGUAUGACCUAGAAUUCAAUGAGUAUUUUGAUCCGAAUAACUUGCUCGAGUUGGUGAAGAAUUUAUUGUGGAACUUUGUCAAGAGUUAUUUGCGAGUUCUUAUUGCGCAACCUUUGGAGAUAACACGAUUGGUGUUGCAAGUAGGCAAGUUCAAUAUUAUAAAGGAAAAGAAGAAGGAAGAUCUUAGGAACAAGAGAUUAUUGGAGAGUAGAGAUAGUGCAUCGGCAGCUUCUGUACGUGGCGUGGGUAGCAGUGAUAAUGGUACAACCAAUACUACGGCCAAAACUACCACAUCCACUGGCAAUAGCAACAUCAGCAGCAACAAGUACAAGAAUGAGGAUGGAAGUACGCAUUUUCCAACUGUCAAUUUUGCAGAGGAGGAUGAACCAAUUGACUAUUUUCAGCCUCAAAAUGAUCAACUGGUUUGGGCUAGUCCUCUGAGCUCAUAUGACCCAUUGACACAAGCAGCAGAUCCAAAUGCAACAAAUACUCAACCCCUUCAAUCACUGCAAUCACUGCAAUCACCCUCACAGUUACAACUACAUCUGCAUCUGCAUCUGCACUCAUCAGGGGAGUUUAGACCACCCGCAUUGAAAAGAUUGAGUACAAGAAAGAGACUCAAGGUGUACAAAAUACAACCAAAGUCGUUACACACUAUUGACAUUAUUUCUGCCAUCACCCAAAAGGAUUCUUUCUUUGCACUUUUCCGUGGUGUCAAUGCAUCGUUCUUUUACCAAACGUUAUCGCAUACAAUCGAGGCAUGGAUCACAGGAUUCCUCUCUCCAUUUUUGGGUAUCCCAGACCCUUUUUUCCUUGACUUGACGCACUCCAAUGACCCAUUCAGGUCAUUGUGGCUUUCUGUUGGUGCAUGUGUGUUGACCGGAUUGGCGUUGAUGCCAUUGGACUUGAUCAGGGUCAAGCUUAUGAUUACACAGCCGAAUAAUGCAUUACCCAUUAACAAGAAUGGUAUGAUUGGCAAUGGCAGUCAAGGUGGUCAAAUUAGCGGUUCAAGUAGUGUACAUUGCAAGGAAGAUUUGAUUGAACAGGCAGCAGAGGACCUAUUACAAAAUACGAGGUCGGUGCGUGAACUGAUUCGAUACUUUCCAACUUACUAUUUGAAGCAUCCUCCUACUCCGAUUGUGCUUUUGACUACACUUUACCAAUUGAGUUCGAGUAUAUUCCGUAAAAUGGCGCCAUACAUUCUCUUCAUCAAGUUUAAUAUUGACUCUUACUCGUCACCUGCAAUCUACACAUUUGUCAAUCUCAUUUCACUAAUCUGUGAGUUUUUUAUCAAAUUGCCCGUGGAGAAUUUGUUGAGAAAAGAGCAAGUUGCAUUUUUGCUUCAAGAUAAAAAGCAUGAUUUAAAGAAGGUGAUUACAAUUGUGAAACCUGAGGAAAACUUGAUUGUGGAUUUCAAUGGCUUGCCAUCUCUCGAAGAUGCAGAAAAUGGGAACUUGAGUCUUUUCCAGAGAGUGAAAUCAUUGGGUUUGUUUAAUGGUUGGAGAGUAGGGUUAAUGAAUGUUGUUGGGUUUUGGGGCUAUAACAUUAUCAAGCUGAAUGGUAGUGAAUUGCAAGAGGAGAGGUUGUAA